AUGAAAAUAGCGGGUAUUAUUCUACUGGCAAUGGCAGCUUGGACUAACUGCUACAUAGACACAUCGGCUAACGAAGGCAGAAUAGUGGCAACUGUUCCAUAUAAAACUCUGUUCUUCCUUCGAAAGCUUUCACCAUACACCAGCAGAAGGAUCGAUAGACCUCUUCCCAUGGGCGCACAAAAGAGAUUAGAUUCCGAGGAAAAGUUUUCGCCUUUCCACUCAGUUCUUGUGAUAAAGAGACAGCAGAGCCUUGAGGAUCCUAUCGGCAGCGCCAUGCACCGCGGAGAGGCUGCAGAGUCUUUCAUAAAAGACUUCCUUGUUUCGCAUCUGCAGCACAUCAACGCAAUGGAAAACAACUACGCAGAAAGCACCAACCAGUUCAACACUGAGAAGAUAUACAACGACCUGUACAAGAAGCAGACAGCGCAGAAGAUUUCUGCGCACAGAAAAUCAGCAAACAUGCUUGGAGACGAGAUUGAUUCCAUUAUGGCAAACGCAGCCAAAGAGAUAACACCGCAGAUCGAGGAGAUAGAAAACAAAGGCGCCAUAGGAAAGACCCUCAAGAGAACAAAGAGACAGGUGGGCAGGAAGAUCAAGAAGGCACGAGGAGCAAUGAAAAAGGGCGUUAAAGUGAACGGAUACACCAUUCUUCUUUUCGUUGUAAUUUGCCUGAUUUCAGGGUUUGCAGGAUACUCGAUUCGAGGAAAAACAUCAACAGAGCACUAUGUUCCACUGGACAAGUAA